GCUGCAGUAAGUGUCCCAACGUACAUGAGAGCCGAAAGCGAAACCAGUGUGAGACGCCGCAGAUCGUAAAGUCAAGAAAUCAAUCCACAACUUCACCCGCAAGUAGAACCAUGCCUCCUCCAGAGAAGGGUGGGCACCCGGCCAAGAAGCACGGCCAUGCCGCCGGGCGUGAGAUCAUCCACAUUCAGGUCGGGAAGUGCGGAAAUGCGAUCGGCCACGAGUUCUGGCGGGACAUCGCGUCCGAGCACAAAAUCAAUUUCGAAGGCAGCGGACAGAUGAAUGGUAGGUACACGGGGGAAGAAGGGGACAUCUACCAAGAGCACAUUGACGUCUUCUUCAACGAGGGCAGCGCGGGCCGCUACGUCCCAAGGGCGAUACUAGUACUAGAACACGGCUGGAACCUUGGAUGUUGACGCGGACUCAUUUUCUUUGACUUUGAUGAUGACGCGCUCUUCAUCCAGUGGCUUUUUCGAUGUUGUAAAAUUGUUCAAAGGUUGAUGUGAAAAAUCAUAACAUGUUGAUAACAGGUAGAUACCAACAUGAGCGAUUUGGCGCAGAUAACGAGUGACGGACUAGGAGGGCUGUACAGACCAGAAAACGUAAUUGGCAAUGACGAAGGAUCAGGGAACUGCUACGCAAAAGCCUUUCACACAGAAGGGCCCGACUUGGCGGAUCAGGUCAGCGCUCUUUGAAGUGUGGUCCUUUGUCAUGCACAACGCUGAAUGUGAAUGUGAUUCGAUUUUGUCAUGUAUACAAUACAACCGUUGCUCAUGCUCCGAAAUAAACCGCCACGAACUAUUCCAUCACCAGGUGCUCGAGAACGUACGAAAAGAAGUGGAGAAGUGCGAGUGCCUCCAAGGAGUACAAUUCACACACUCAAUAUGCGGCGGUGCGGGAUCCGGGUUGACAGGGCUGCUACUGAAAACACUGUAUUUAUUUCGGAAGUUAUGCAUCACAAAGUUUCUUCGCAUGACGCUCCUGCUACUGUUGCAAAAAAUGCAGUGGUGAUCCAUGCAUGACAAAGUGCCGUCAAAUGCAAACUACGCAUCACAGAUACGACUACCUCGACAAGGGAAGCAAGUGCAUUUUGCAGUCCUUCACCGUGGUGCCAUCGCCCGGGCUUACAGACGUCAUUCUGGAGCCGUAUUGUUUUUUUUUUUGCACCCGGUUCUGAUGCUGAGGAUGGCAUGACAAACACCUCUCGUCUUGCAUGAUUGACAAAAAAUACAAAAAAUUAACUCAUACAUACAUUCAUUAUCAGAUACAAUGCCGCUCUGGGGAUGCAGGAUCUGCUAGAGUACUGCCACCAGUGCUUUCUCUACGACAAUGCAGCACUUGGGCAGAUUGUGCAAAACACCUGUGAAGUGGAUGUGCCAAAACUGAGUCACCUGAACAACAUCGUGGGGUUGUGCAUGACAGGUAAGGAUAAGUGGGUACAGCUGCUUGACAAGUAUUUAUUUCGGAAAUAAAUUCAAAGAUGGACUAGAUCUAGGUGUAGAUGGUAAGUAUUUGUAGUGCGGUCGAAGAAAUUCUUGUCAUGGUACAAAAUUUAACCCAAAAAACGCCAUUUAUUUAUUAAACAAAAGGUAUCACCUCCUGUCUCCGCCUCCCUGGUAUCCUGGAUGCGGAUUUGAGAAAAAUGCAGACCAACCUAUCAAGUGCAAACAUGUCUGGGUCUGGAAACCUGUGAUGCCAAAAUGUGGAUGACGGAACUAUUUCCGAAUGCAGCCCAGCAUGACAAGAACUCUCCAGAGCGCUUUCUUAUACGCAAUCCGCGUGAGAAGCUGCCUUUUUGUUUUUGCAUGACAAAAGUGCCUGCGACUUUUGUUGGUUCUGCAAUACAUAUUUUCCACGAAUACAAAGCUGGCAUAACAAGUUCACCACUUCUCCAGACCCGGACGUAUUUGCAUUUGAUACAACCUCGUCCCGUUCAAAAACGCCCACUUUCUCUGUUCCUCUAUGGAUGUGUCAGAGUUGAAAUCGACAAAAAUUUGUCAUGCAUAAAAUGGAUGCCAGUUGGGACCCAGUUUCUAAGUGGCGCAAGACAAAUUUCGGCGGUCCGUAAAUCCACUCUGUCAUGGUGUUUAGGCAAAGAAGAGCGAUUUUCUCAUGCUACUUUAGCAGCUCGAGCUGUAACCCCAAACAGGCUUACAAUCAGCCUCACUUGCCUGCUCUGCAACACACGUGCCUCGGGUCAUGCAUUUUAUGCGUUACAAAUUCUUUCAACUUUGACGAUUUCAAACCUGACGCUUCCAUAUCCUCCUUCGCACCACUAACCAGCCCGGCGAACAAGGAAUACAGGAAAUUUUCCGUCCUGGAUUUGGCGCAACAAAUGAUUUCCAAGGACAACGUUUGCAUUAAAUGCGACCCACUCAACCCGGGGGAUCCGAGGGAAGGUAUAAUUUGCCGUUCGUCGCGAGUUUCGUUUGUUUAAAUAUGAAGAUGCGCAUGGAGGUGAUCAUAUUGCCGGAUGCAAAAAUUUGUGUUGCAGUCGUACAACCAGUACGUCAUGAUCAUCACGAUGCUAUCUUAAUCUACCUAUCAGGUAUUCUGAAGGCCCGAUUCCUCGCCUCUUUCGCCGCGUUUCGAGGCAACAUCUACUCUUCCGAGGUGGAUGAAGUCAUUUACAAUCUGCACAAGCCGGGCUCCCGAUUUGACCACUACUUUCCGGACUGGAUCCCAAACAGCAUUUCCUCCUCCAUUUGCGCCGUGCCACACGAGAGCCAGUAUCCUAUGUAAAAACAUUCCCACCCCAUACUUGUCAUGCCAAUCUGCAUGGUAAAAGUUAAAGUGUUUCUCAUACGGAACCCCAUGAGAAGCAUUUCCUGGUCGUGUUCUGGAAUUCGUGAUGUUCGAAUCAGAAUGAUAAGCUAGAUCUGUGAUGCUGCUGGAGCUAGCUAAACAAGAUUACACUACGACGCCAAACUUGUCAUGCACAGCAACAGAAGCUCGUCGGUUUGUCUAGGAGAUAUCCCAUCUUGACUAUGGGGUGGGGACGUUUUUACAUAUGAUAGCCAGGGGGAUUCAGUCACGUUUGUGUCCAACACAACGGCAAUCCACGAAGCGUUCGACCGAAUUUGCGCCAACUGGGACUCACUGUAGAAUUAUACGGCUUUUGAAGAUCAUGUGAUGGCUAAUGAUGAUGCUUGUCUAGUGCACGGAAACUUGUCAUGCACAUGGUGAGUACCAUUAUUGAGAUCUGAUAGCAUAUUCUGCAUGACAAACACGACAUCGACAUGCAAAUCAGGUACAAGUCCCGUUCCUACCUCCACGUGUACGAGCAGGACGGUAUUUCCACCCAGGACAUGAUGGAAUCCCGAAACAUCCUCCGCUACGUCUCCGACCAGUACCAGGAAUUCGCUCGGUGGGAGGACAAGUUCUUCAGCGAGAAUACCGGUCCGGGCGGGCAGCCGAUUUUGAACGAAGCUGCGAUUUUGAACCCGGAGCAGGAGGCGAUCGCAAAAGAAUUAGCGGAAUUAACCGACUGCUACAUCGCGACGCAGGGGCGGGCGUGAGUUGUGUUUUGAAGCGGAGGUGGAGAAUCGUACACUUGGAUUUGGGAGGAGUUGUGACGCGGCAGAGACGAAAACAGUAGCCGUGUCAUUUGGAGGCUCAUCAUGUAAUUUUUUAUUGAAGCAGGAACAGACUUUUAUCAGUUUCAACAGAUUCAGUGGACGAACAAAGAAGCAGAUAUAGAUAAUCUAUCCAAGAUGGAGCGGACAGCACUCCUGGUAGGCUCUGAAGUCUUCUUUUCAACAUUUUGCGGAAUAUAAUAUCUACUCGAAGUUACUUUUGGAAAUACAAUACAGAGAUAGGAGCUACUUCUAGAGAAGUGGAUAUCAUACUUGUGCUUGUCAUAGACCUGGCGCUGUGGUUUUGCCUCUAGCCGCAGACUUUCCGAGCUGCCGGACAGAUGAGGCACAUCCGGGCGUGGGAAGUUUUCACAGCGUAUUUAUCUCCUACCAGCACUAGUACCUCUGGAGAUAGCAUAUCGAUAUUUUGCCAAAGAAAUGCAAAAAGAGUCGAGACAAGAGUACUGAAAAAUGAAUCCCGAUCCUCUGCCCUUCUGUUUUGUUUUGUUACAAAUACGAAACAGAACGAGGAUGUACACUAUUUGGAAUAAAGACUUCACCACCAGCCUAGGCCUAGAAAGAAACAUUCUUGAGCAUCGGCGUAGUCGCGCCAGGCGAUGUUGAAGCUAAGGCUUUGCUACUACGUAGAACAACUAAAAGGACAUGUGAGAUGAAAGAAAG